UCCUGCAACACUGGAAAAGGAGGCGCUAUGUCCGCUGUAUGGAAGUAUUUUGAAGUGACCGAUGGUGACAAAACUAAAGCUAACUGCAAAUUAUGUUCAGCAAAGCUGUCACGAGGAGGAACGAAUUCAAGGACCUUUAACACAAGCAAUUUAAUAAAACAUCUAAAAAAUCAUCACUGUGCCGAGUACAGAGAGUUUUCUAGCAGCGGGAAACAGCACCAACCAACUCUGCAGCAAACCGUGGAAAAGCGGGAGAAGAUGUCGAGGGACAACGUGCGUGCAGUGAAAAUAACCGAGGCUCUUACCCAGUACAUUGCUCUCGAUGAUCAGCCGCUGUCUGUUGUUGACAACAUGGGAUUUCGACGCCUUCUUGCCGUUCUGGAGCCGAGGUAUGAGAUACCUAGCCGUCACCAUAUCACUGACACCGUGUUGCCAAAACUACAUGACUUUGUGAAGAGGCACAUCCACAACCUGUUACAAGACGUUGCAGCCGUUAGCUUCACAACUGAUAUCUGGACCAGCAGUGUUAGCCCCAUGUCCCUCAUCAGCUUAACUGCACAGUGGAUUGACGGAGAUUUUACAUCACAGAGAGUCGUCUUGCAUGCAAAACAAUUUAGGGGUUCGCACACUAGUCAAGCCAUCGCAGGUGUGUUUGAUGAUAUGCUUCAGAUAUGGAGGAUCCCUAAAACUUCUGUUCAUGUUGUGCUGCGUGAUAACGCCAAAAAUAUGAUAAAAGCCAUGAAUGACGCUGGACUCCCAAGCUUGCCAUGCGUCGCACACACUCUCCAGUUGGCGGUUCACGAAGGCCUGUUGGCACAGAGGAGUGUUUUGGAUGCUGUCUCAGUCGGACGGAAAAUAGUUGGACAUUUUAAACACUCUGCUUUAGCCUGCUCCCACUUGGAAGACAUUCAGGGGCAGCUCAACCAACCAAUUAAACGACUCCAACAGGAUGUGCAAACCCGCUGGAAUAGCACGUUCUAUAUGUUGCAGUCUCUCAUGGAGCAGAAGAGGGCUCUGGGAAUAUACGGGUCUGAACACCAGCUUCCCGACAAUCUCACCGCUCACCAGUGGGCGCUUUUGGAAAAGACUGUUUCUGUCCUGGCUCCAUUUGAGGAGUUGACGCGAAAAGUGAGUUCCUCAGAUUCAUUGGCAUCGGAUACCAUUCCUGCUGUGACUGUGCUUCUCAGACUCUUAAACAGAGAAACGGACGAGGAUCAUGGCAUCAAAACAAUGAAGGCCACCUUAGCUGCAGCUGUCAAGAGGCGCUUCAUUGACACAGAGAAAAACCCACUCUACUGCAUCUCUACUCUACUUGAUCCAAGAUACAAAGAUCGUUUUUUCUCAGACAUCAGUGGUGCUGCAGGGGCCAAGGAAAUGCUGAAGCUGGAGCUGCAGAGGAUGUCGAAAAGAGAGGCAGAGGAAGAACAUGGCGAGCCACCUCCCAGGAAGCCUCGCAAGGCACAACCCAGCAGCAGUCUGGACAGUGUGUUUGAAGAAAUAGCAGAUGAGCAAGAGUCAACAUCAGUGUGCUGUGCACCGGUGGGUGCUGCUAUUCAGUUGGAGACCUACCUUGGAGAAACCACAACUGCACGUGAAGAAAAUCCGCUACAGUACUGGGGGGUUAAUAAAGUGCGGUUCCCCGCUUUGGCUCAAGUAUCACAGAGAUACCUCUCAGCACCAUGCAGCAGUGUGGAAAGUGAGAGGCUUUUUAGCUCAGUGUCUCACAUUGUAGAUGAAAACCGGAAUAGGUUAACAGCUGACAAUACAGAAAAGCUACUUUUCAUUAAAAAAAAUCUGCCUCUCACUUUUUAAAAAGUGGCUUAGUCCUCACAGGCAAUAGUUACAGAAAAUGUCAUUUCAGUUGUUCUGCCACAGUUUUAUGUUGGUAUCGUUACAUUUAAGAGCUUCAGUAUGGUUGAGUUGAGUGAAAGGUUUGGCAACGCUGUUUUAAAACCUUGAAUUUUAAAAUGUGCCAGUUUUGUUACACUGAAAGCUAGAUCUUUGUUAUAUAAUGCACACAGUUGUAUUUGGGUAAAAUGUACCAAAAGAAAAUAAAAAAUGUUUCAUUCUUAGAUCUGUAAUGUCACUUAUUAGUAACUUGCCAGUACUCAGCAUUGGCAAGUUAACUUAAUAAAAAAGGAUGUCGUUUACUACAACCUAAUGAAACCUUACACAUUUAUAACGGCAAUAAUGACCAU